CCCACUUCGUCCUUCGGUUUCUCUUCCUCGAUAAACACGUAAAUAAUUUUUUUCUUCGUCCUCUGCUUCAACUCUCCUCUUCUCCUCGUCGUCGUUCUCCUCUUCCAUCUCUCCUCCCAUUUCCUCGCGGAGGGGAGUGGACGGCGCAAUAAAGGCGGCGCCUUUGCCCCUCCCCAGCAUGCGGAGCUAGCCACGCGGUGGGGCCCCACGCCAUGCAGACCGGCCCCGCAUCGCCGGAGAAGCCGCCGGCCGUGGAGCCGGAGGCUGAGGAGAAGGUGGAGGGGGUGGCGGAGGCUGGCGAGGAGCAGGGGAAGGCGGAGGAGGAGGAGGUGGUGAUGGUGGAAGUUGAGGAGGAGGAGAAGGGGGAGAAGAAGGAGGGGGAGGAGAAGGAGGGGAGGGGAGGUGGGCGGCGGCGGCGGCGCGGUACGGCGGGGGAGGGCGCAGUGGUGAUGGUGAAGCGUGAGCUGCUCGUGCGCUGCAUGACGUGCCCGCUCUGCCGCCGCCUGCUCCGCGACGCCACCACCAUCUCCGAGUGCCUCCACACAUUUUGUAGAAAGUGUAUCUAUAAGAAGCUCAAUGAUGAAGAGCUAGACCACUGCCCAGUAUGUAAAAUUGAUCUUGGCUGUGCUCCAGUUGAGAAGCUUAGAGCUGAUCACAAUCUACAAGACGUGAGGUCAAAAGUUUUUCCAUUUAAAAGAAAGAAGGUUAAUGCUGAAGAAAUCGAAUCUCCCAUUACGCUACCUGUUAAAAGGAAAGAGAGGUCUAUCUCUUCAUUGGUGGUGAAUACACCUCGAAUAACACCAGCAGGUUCGACAGGACGCCGAACAAGAGCGGUUACCAGGAAGGCGGCCGCAUUGCGUGGCCUUGGUCCUAUCAUUGUGGAUCCUUCGAAAAAGGAUAAUGAUAAUUUGAAUAAGCAAAAUGAUAAUUCAAGCUUGCUAGAUAGCUUGAGCAAAGUACCUCAAACAAGAAGACAGGUAUUGUCAAAUGGGGACACAUCAAGUCAUCCCUCUGGUAAAGAUAAACCAGGUGACAAUAAGGACUUGGAUAAGGCAGAGCUCUGGAGACCUUUGAAUUGUCUUGUCGAGGCUGCAAGCAAAACAAAGCCCUCCCGGGGAAGUGGACAGAGUCCAGCUGUUAAGGGGGAUAAGCUCAAUGAAUCUCCUAGUAUUGAACACUCUAGCAGAACAAAGGCUAGGGAGUCUCUCCAGAAGUCCAAAGUUCAAUAUGAUAAGAAAGAUGUUCCUGAGCCCAUAGUGCUGCUUAGAAAGAAAGGGCCUGGCCGGAGGAGGAAACAUCCCCUAGCUUCAGCCAAUGCAGCUUCCAGUGCUGCAGCUAGCCAGAACGAAAAGACAUUUAGCCCAGUAUGGUUUUCAUUGAUUGCCUCGUUUGACCAGAAAGGCAACCCACCCUUGCCUCAGAUACCUGCCCACUAUUUGAGAAUAAAGGAUGGAAACAUACCUGCAUCAUCCAUCCAAAAGUACAUUAUGCAGAAGCUCAGUCUUCUAAGUGAAUCUGAGGUUGAAAUAAGCUGCUGUGGGCAGUCAGUGAACCCUGCGCAACCUGUGCGCAACUUAGUGGAGCGGUGGCUGAGGGUUGGCCCGGCGCGCCCUUUGCAGACGGUGAUAGGCUCCUCUGGGGGAGAUUAUGUGAUGGUGGUAAGUUAUGGGCGGCCAAAGUCUGCAUCUUCUUAGAUGUACAUGGUCGACCUGGUGAUCUCCUAAGUAGACACAUGGUUGCGCUGCCCCCUGGGAAGAGGUUCAAAGAUAAAGGGUUCGCCCCGUCAACAUAUACCCUGGCUUACUCUGCACUCUGCAGCCAGCCAUUGGUAUCGUAUUUGUGCUCUCACUGAUGCUGCUAGAUGAUGCUCGGUUCAAGGAUCUGUUUGUUCUUUCGUUGUUGUUAUACAGUAAUACAGAUGAGAUGAAAGCCGUUGUAAUUUGGAAUUUGGUAGGCUGUGAGGAUUGACGUUUAGGUUUGGGAUAGACAGAUGGAAGUUGGGAAGUGAUGAAUGGCCACAGUGGACUGUGGCGCGGUUGUUUCUUCAAUUGUUUUUUUUCCCUUCUUGAAAAGAAAUGUAAUGUAGUUUCUUUAGUUGUCCUGAACUGAAACUGCUGUAAUACCUGGCUGUGAUUUAUUCGGAUAGUUGGAUCAAAGUGGUUGUCGAUAUGUUUAGCUGUG